AUGGCAUUCAUCAAGUUGCUCAGCUGGACUGGAAUACCAUUCUUCACUCCGACACAAUCCAAAUUAUCCUUAUCAUUGAAAUCAGGGCAGAUAAACUCUCCCCCAAUCAUAAAAAUGUGCGGCCGGUACGCAUUGGCGCUUCGCGCCUCACAAAUCCGUCAAUUGUUACAAGACGACGGCAUGUCUGUGGACUAUUCUAUAGAUGAAGAUGGCCCUGGCGCCCCCAGGCAAUCUUAUAAUUUUGCCCCAGGAUACCACGGCGUUGUCUACAGAGCCGAUACCCCAGAUUGGGGAGCUGGUCCCCGCUCUCGUUCUCACCAGAACAAGGACACUGGUGAUGAUGCGCCAGUUGAAGAAGAUGCCGCUGUUCCCGCACCCACCGGUGAAGUCAAGUAUAAGCUGCAAUCAAUGAAAUGGGGCCUCGUGCCGUUCUGGACAAAGCGAAACCCCGACUACCAAACCAUUAUGAGGACCAUCAACUGUCGUGAGGACUCGCUCAGCACCCCGGGCGGCAUGUGGGCUUCCAUGAAGAACAAGAAGCGAUGCAUAGUGAUUGCGCAGGGGUUCUUUGAAUGGCUCAAGACCGGACCAAAGGACAAGUUGCCUCAUUUUAUCAAGAGAAAGGACGGCCAUCUCAUGUGUUUUGCCGGACUAUGGGAUUGCGUUCAAUAUGAGGGCUCGGACGAAAAGCUGUACACUUACACCAUCAUCACAACCGACUCCAACAAGCAGCUCAAGUUCUUGCAUGACCGGAUGCCCGUCAUUUUCAACCCUGGCUCAGAAAAGAUCAAGCAGUGGCUCGAUCCUGCAAGGUAUGAAUGGUCGCGGGAGCUGCAGUCCCUGCUGAAGCCGUUUGAUGGAGAAUUAGAAGUAUACCCCGUUACUAAAGACGUUGGUAAAGUGGGCAACAACUCGCCAUCGUUUAUCAUCCCCCUGAACAGCAAGGAGAACAAGUCAAACAUUGCCAAUUUCUUCUCCAAUGCACAGCAAAAGGGGGGUAAAGAGACGAAAACAGGUGCCAAGGCGGAGGCGAAGCCAGUGGUUAAGGAUGAGCCUGUGGAGGAGGAUGUGAAGAAGGCUUCCCAGACGAGCGGUAGUUCACAAGAGAAGCGCAAGGAGCCGCCUACGAGGUCUAGUCCGCCGAUGAAAAAGCCGGCUUCGGAAAAGGCAAAGAUUAGUGCGACGAAGAACGAGUACAAGAGUCCUAAGAAGGUGAGGGAGCCGGGAUCGCAGAAGAUUACGAGCUUCUUUGGGAACUCGGCAUGA